GGUGCUCCUAUGAUAGUAUUAAAUCUAGUCAAGAGAAGAGAGAAAAAACGACAUGAAAGUAUACUGAAAGAAGAAUUAAUGGAGACUAUAAAAUACCUGAAUCAAUUUCUCCCCCCACAGCAUGUUAUACAAUAUAUAGGAUUUGAUAUGGCUCAUGUUAGUAAAAGGAAAACAGCUGAUGUCUUGGUCAGAUUGGAAAAAAUAGCGAAAUAUUGUCUUAGGCAGACUGGUUUUUAUCUUCAACUUCCCUCCGAUCAUCAGGGUAGUAUUCAAAAUGAUAAAAUGCUAAAAGGUAUAAAUGGAACCUGGUCUAAAAACGGAUGUCGUCAAAAUGGUGUAGUUAGAACAAAUUGUGUUGAUUGUUUAGAUAGAACUAAUACAGCACAAUUUGCUGUUGGAAAAUGUGCUCUAGCAUAUCAGUUAUAUGUAUUAGGAGUACUGGAAGAUCCAGAAUUAGAUUUUGAUAGUGAUUGUGUCAGAAUGCUAGAGAUGUUAUAUGAAGAUCAUGGUGAUACAGUAGCUCUACAAUAUGGCGGAUCACAGUUAGUGCAUCGUAUUAAAGGUUAUCGUAAAAUUGCUCCAUGGACGGAACAUUCCAGAGAUAUAAUGCAGACCUUGUCUAGAUAUUAUAGUAAUGCUUUUUCAGAUUUAGAGAAACAGCAGUCAAUGAAUUUAUUUUUGGGAGUGUUUACACCACAAGAGGAUAAACAGAAUAUCUGGGAAUUAUCUACUGAUUAUUAUUUACAUAAUAGAAAUUGUACAAAACUUGUCCGAAAUACAAACAAAUUAUAUUCUCAAUGGUGGGAUACAUGUAUCAUACAACAUCUUCCUUUAUCAUGUGAAGAAGAAAUGAAAACAACAGAAGAAUUGUUUUUAAUGGUAGAAAGUAAUGACAGUGAUGAAAGACUGAAUGAAUUUGCUGAAUAUUAUAAACCGUGGACAUUCACAGUAUUAGAAGAAUUAACUUGUUAUAAACAUUCUAGCUCUAUUAGAAACAUCAUGCCGAAGGGAGCAAGAGACAUCAGUCCAUUUUCUGUUCGAGUAAUUUCAAACCAAACAAGUGAAACAACUGGUUUAAAUGCUGAUUCUAGAUCCAAUAAUAAGAACCCUAAUGUGAGUGGUAAAGAUUCUACAACAUCAGUAGGAUCAGAAGGUAGUACUAGUAGUAGUGAGGACUCAGAUGUAGAAGGAGAAGUAUGUUUAUCUGAAACAUCUAAUUCUGAUGACAGUGAUAUCGAUUUAAGCUACACAUCUUUUUCAGAUCUUUUUCCAUCAAUGAAGCAAGUAUAUAGAACUGAUAUUACUGAACCAACCAAACGUAACCAGAAGUUAUAUGAAAGGUACGUUGAAUUAGGAAGUGUAAAUGACCAAUUAGAAGAGACAAGAGAACAGUCCCCAUGUUCUCAACUUAUACCAUCUAUUGAAUUAUUUCCAAUUAGUGCUUACAAACUUGACAGUUCAUUCCAUGUUGAAAUUCCACCAAUUAGUCGACAUUCUAAAGAUAUUUACCAUUCAUAUAUAGAGAGAGGAAAAUAUGGUGCUGGUCCACCAACAGACAAAGACUAUGCUAUGUAUCAGAAAUAUGUUGGGGCUAAAUACUCCUGAUGUAAGAGGCACUAUAUAACUUAUCUUGUACAUUAAAGAAAUAUACUAUUAUUAUUAAAUUUAUUAUAUUAAAUCCCCCACCAGCAAAAAAAUAAAUAUAAAAUCCAACCCAACAAAGUAUAUACUCAACCAGAUGAGGUUAGAUACACCAUUAUAGUCUGUCUUUUAUGGUAGCCUAUAUUGGUUCAACAGAGCUCACUUUCUUUGGUAGCAUGUUUUUUGUUAUAUUGUUUCAACCUAGAGGACAUAUAAAUGUUUGAUGGAUUGGUGGUGCAGGCUGCUGACAGUCUAACACAUGCUAAGAUGAUUUUAACUGUCACUGCUUGAGGUUGUUUUCAAGAAUGAUUGUCUUUUCAUCCCAAUUUAACCAGAAAUUCAGCAGUGAUCUACAUUCUAAAAUAACCUUCCCUGGUUUUUUGCAAAAUGGUCAAAAAAUUUCUGCUAGCAACAUGUAAUAAGGUUGGCCUACCAUGCUCAUUUGAUAGAGAGAGAGAGAGAAAUGGGUCAUCUUGGGACUAACACAUCGUUCAAUUUUAUUUCAAUAAUUCGCUUGCUCGUAGGGGUUUUUAUAAGUGGGAGGAAACCAGAGGACCCGGAGAAAACCCACGAUGUUGGACAGGCGACCCUACUCCUUGCCACGUACAAACAGGGAAUCGAAACCCCGCCAGUUGACUCAAUGACAGACCGUAUGAUACAGCGCGCGCGUGCUAACCAUUCAGCCACCCAAUCCCCCUGCUCAUCUGAUAGUUCAUAAAAAUUUUAAAAUUUCAGAUGCCCACAUUGAUCACUGGCAUUAACCAUUGCCCAAUUUAGAUAGAAAUCAUGGGUGAUUGUUUUCAUUGGUCCACUAAGUUGAAAUCUGAAGACUAAUUAUUGAGUCCUACAUAAUGGAUAUGAGCCAAGUUCUAAACGCAUUGUAUUAACAGACUGAAGCCUAUACAUUGAAGCAGACUUAUUAAGACUUUGUGCAUAUAUAGGUGGUAUUGUAGUAUUAGCGACAAUAUGGUAGUAUUGUAUUUUAAGUACAAAUAAGAGAAUCAUAUGCCUGGUUUCACUCAAUGUUAAAAUCUAUGUUAAGAAUAUUAUAUCACUGUAUUAACAUUAUCAUAAAAUUUUUGUAAAUUUAAACAAAUAAGUCUAAAACAAUGCUGUUAACUAGCCCACAUGCUGUUUUUGAGUGGCAUUUAUAUAUCAAAUAAUCUGAGAUCUCAUGCAUGCAAAUCCACAUACCAAAGUUGCAUCAAAAUGGGAUGAAAAAUGUAGACUCUAAUGUUGUACACAAGGAAUUGUAGAAUGUUGGACAGAGGUGACAACAAUAUAAUUAUGUCCACAUUAAAUAUGAGGCCAUAAAAAUGUCUGUUAGUCGUUAGUGUAUAUUUGAUGUAGGAUUGUUGUCAAUUCCAUCAACGUCUUGUCCAUCCGCCAUGUUUGUAUACACCAGCGUGCCUCCUCCAAAAACAAGCAGAUGUCAGAUAAGAAGUAGCUCCAGAAGGCCCUUACUAUAGCUUUAAACAUACAUUAUGCAAGAGCUAAAUCUGUCUAUUGCAGGUCUUUCUUUAGGCCUGAAAAAUUAUUAAUUAGACAUUAAUUAACUUAUCCAGACUAUAAUCAACUCUAGAUGGCAUCGCUAGCCUGCGAUCUUAAGUGGAUUGUGAGCCGAUUUACUGCAUAACUUUCCUUCUCGAUUAAACGAUUAAAUAGAUAAUCGAGACUAUGCUAUUGCCUUGUACUAAUCCCUUUGUAAAUUAUUGGCAAUAAAAUAUGUUUAA